UAACUGUAUUCAUUCUCUCCCCCAGUUUGCUUGGGUUAAUUUUGUUCCUCUUUGGAUAUCAACUGUAUAUUCUCUUUCCAUUUCUCUUUCUCAUUCACUUGUAUUUUCAAGAGAGAGAGAGAGCUGACAAAGCUAGCCAUUCCUUUCUUUUCAAUUCUUAUGGUACAAUGCAAUGCUAGCUAGGGAUAGAUGGAGCAGAAGUUUGUUGUUGUUGUUGUUGUUUCUUCUUUUAUUUUCUUUUGAAACUGCCUUAUUUAGGGUAAUGUUUCCUGCUGCUGGUAAGUUGGGGUUUGCAGUUGAUGGAUAUGGGAGAGGGAAGGAAGGAAGGAAGGGGAAAGUGUGUUUGUUGGUUGCAGACAGUUUUUGCAGCAGGCAGCGCUGAAAAAAGAGAUGGGAGAAGAAAGGAAAUGGGGUGGGAAUCAUCAAGAACCCAAAUGCCUACUUCUUCUGAUAAGCUUGUAUCAUUC